AUCAUAUCCACCCAAAAACAGAUAAGAAUCAUUUUGAGUUGCAAAUUCAUCAUACAACACGCUUACUAUCCCCUAUAUCCUAUGCUCUCCACCACUAUCUCCUAAAUCUCCACUCAAAAAACAAAGAAGAGAAAGAUUUAAACUAAUAAUGACAGAGAUGGUGCAAAACAAUAUGAGCACUUCUCUUCUUGAAACUUUACAAGCUACGCCCAUGAUAUUCUACUUCAUCGUCCCUCUCUUCUUCUUAUUCCUUCUCUCCAAAUCUCGCCGUAAACGUUUGCCUCCAGGUCCAACUGGUUGGCCUCUGAUUGGUAACAUGAUGAUGAUGGACCAGUUAACUCACCGUGGCCUUGCCAAACUAGCCCAAAAAUAUGGUGGUGUUUUUCACCUUAAAAUGGGUUAUGUUCACAAAAUUGUAGUCUCUGGUCCAGACGAAGCUCGCCAAGUAUUACAGGAACACGACAUCAUAUUUUCGAACCGUCCAGCGACCGCAGCCAUAAGUUACCUAACAUAUGACCGUGCAGACAUGGCGUUUGCUGACUAUGGACUCUUCUGGCGGCAGAUGAGAAAAUUAUGUGUUAUGAAACUCUUCAGCCGCAAACGAGCUGAGUCAUGGGACUCAGUUCGUGACGAAGUGGAUUCCAUGGUUAGAAUUGUGACAACCAACACAGGCACAGCUGUUAACUUAGGUGAACUUGUUUUCAGUCUCACUCGUAAUAUUAUCUACAGAGCUGCUUUUGGAACUUGUUCUGAAGAUGGACAAGAAGAGUUCAUUAAAAUUAUGCAAGAGUUUUCGAAGCUAUUUGGUGCGUUCAAUAUAGCUGAUUUUAUUCCAUGGCUAGGGUGGGUUGGUAAGCAGAGUCUAAAUAUUAGACUUGCUAAGGCUAGAGCGUCUCUUGAUGGGUUCAUUGAUUCGAUUAUUGAUGACCAUAUUAUGAGAAAGAAAGCUUAUGUUAAUGGUAAAAAUGAUGAUGGUGGUGAUCGAGAAACUGAUAUGGUGGAUGAGCUUUUAGCUUUUUACAGUGAGGAAGCAAAAGUAACUGAGUCCGAAGAUUUGCAGAAUGCUAUCAGACUUACUAAGGAUAAUAUCAAAGCUAUCAUCAUGGAUGUAAUGUUUGGAGGGACAGAAACAGUGGCUUCUGCAAUAGAAUGGGCCAUGGCAGAGCUUAUGAGGAGUCCUGAAGACCUUAAAAAAGUACAACAAGAGCUGGCUAACGUUGUUGGACUCAACAGAAAAGUUGAAGAAUCUGACUUUGAAAAAUUAACAUAUUUAAAAUGUUGUCUAAAAGAAACUCUACGUCUUCACCCUCCAAUCCCUCUCCUCCUCCAUGAGACCGCCGAGGAAUCCACCGUCUCCGGCUACCAUAUUCCGGCAAAGUCACAUGUUAUUAUAAAUUCAUUUGCCAUUGGACGUGACAAAAAUUCAUGGGAAGAUCCUGAAACUUAUAAACCUUCUAGGUUUCUCAAAGAAGGUGUACCAGAUUUUAAAGGAGGUAAUUUUGAGUUUAUACCAUUUGGGUCGGGUCGGAGGUCUUGCCCCGGUAUGCAACUUGGGCUUUAUGCAUUGGAAAUGGCUGUGGCCCAUCUACUUCAUUGCUUUACGUGGGAAUUGCCAGAUGGUAUGAAACCAAGUGAGCUUAAAAUGGAUGAUAUUUUUGGACUUACUGCUCCAAGAGCUAAUCGACUCGUGGCUGUGCCUAGUCCACGUUUGUUGUGUCCACUUUAUUAAUUGAAGAAAAAAGAUGGGGAUUUUACUUGCAUCAAAGAGUGAUGCUUGUGAUUUUCCACCUUUUUGGUUAAAUAUACGAAUUAUUAUGAUAUAUAAAUUCUUGGGCACAAAAAAGGAGCAUAUGACAUGGUUUGUUUGGAUAUUUUACCUUUUAUUUUUGUUUGUUAUUUCAUUUAUAGUAUAUAUGUCGCAUACAUAUAAUUGAGUAGAGUCAAAAGCAAGGACGAAAAUAAUUGCUUGGAGUUGAAAGGGAAAGAGGAGGGAAUUGAAUGGUUAUUGUGUAUAUGAGACGCUCUCUUUAUUCUCGUAAAUUUCUGACAUUUGGCUUGUAAAUGUCUUUUUUCUUCUUUUGAACACACAAUCCUUAUCAAAUAAAGACUUGAUCCUGGUUGAAUUA